AUGCAUAAUAAUUCCGGUCUUGAUUUCAAGGUUGGAAUUGAUCACCUGGUCUAUAAUUUUAUCCACAUUCUGAUCGCGUCAACAUCCGACCCAGUGCAAGAGUUGGCAGCGUGUCUUCAGCACAAGUUGAUCAAGAGUAGCUCUAGCAGUAUCAAUACCACAUAUGAUGGUAACGAGAUUGAUUUCCCAGUCGACCGGCCCAUUUUAAUGUAUAUGUCCCAUGAUAUUAUCAUUGUCUCAGUACUCACUGCGCUGGGUCUGGAUCAUUUCAAAUAUAAUUCGCAGGGGAUGCCACCUACUGUCGCACAGGAACUACGUCGCAACUUCAAAUUGAAUGAAAUGACCUCUUUCGGUGCUCGUCUGAUUUUUGAGAUUUGGACGUGUCCCCGUGACGAUUCGCUGAAGGAUCUUCGGACUCAGUUGUACAAGAGUCCGGAUCUUUCGUCGUCCAAGAACGAGACGGUGGACUAUAUCCAUCUUGUGCCGAAUGAGGCCCCUCUCCCUCUUGAUGGCCUCUCUGCCUGUAAGGACUCGGUGAAUGGAUUUUGCAACGUCAGAAACUUCCUCAGCCAGGUGUCUGACCUCACUAAAGAGGCGCAGUACCAACAGACGUGCUUCGGCAAAUACAAUGCUUCGACUCCCGUGGGCAAUGGACAACCUCCUAGCUUCAAGAUAUGGUCUCAUUGUCUCGUGAUAUGA